UACCGAGACAAAAGGAAAGGAACGACGAAAGUAGCCAUUGGUCUUGGCAUCGGUUCCCAGCGUUUGUUAGCUGUGAAAAAUCUGAAGAACAAAAUGUUUUCUGCAAUUGAUGGAUUUUGAAGAAAAGUAAAGCGUUUAGGUGACAACCUUUAGUGAAUUAAUACUAGUCAGUUUACUGUUUUAAUGAUGAAGCUAAUAGAUCAAGUCGUUCGAAGUUUCAAAGUAGCUAAGGUCUUCCGUGAAAAUACGGAUAAAAUCAACAGCAUAGACUUUUCCCAAAGCGGUGAUACGUUAAUAUCAUGCAGUGAGGACGACCAGAUUGUUAUUUAUGACUGUGAAAAAGGUACUCUUAUGAAAACUGUUAACAGUAAGAAAUAUGGGGUUGAUUUAAUUCACUUUACUCAUGCUAAGAAUACAGCCAUCCACAGUUCAACUAAGAUUGAUGACACAAUUAGGUACUUAUCUUUACACGAUAACAAGUACAUUCGAUACUUCCCUGGUCACACCAAGAAAGUAGUUUCACUUUGCAUCUCCCCUGUUGAAGAUUCUUUUCUAUCAGGUUCCUUGGACAAAACAUUGAGAUUGUGGGAUUUGAGAUCUCCAAACUGCCAAGGAUUAAUGCAUGUAUCGGGUCGACCAAUCGCUGCAUAUGACCCUGAAGGGCUUAUAUUUGCAGCUGGUGUAAACUCAGAGUCAAUCAAGCUUUAUGACCUCAGAUCAUUUGAUAAAGGCCCUUUUGUUACCUUUAAAGUUGCACAGGAAAGGGAGUGUGACUGGACUGGAUUGAAGUUCAGCAGGGAUGGUAAAACAAUUCUCAUAUCUACGAAUGGUUCUAUUAUACGUCUUAUUGAUGCUUUUCAUGGCACUCCUCUGCAGUCAUUCACAGGCCAUCUAAACAACAAGGGUAUUCCAAUUGAAGCGUCAUUUAGCCCAGAUUCACAGUUUAUCUUUAGUGGGUCUACUGAUGGACGAGUACAUGUGUGGAACGCAGAUACAGGCUACAAAGUGUGUGUUUUAAAUGGUGAUCAUCCAGCUCCAGUGCAGUGCAUUCAAUUCAAUCCUAAGUAUAUGAUGUUGGCUUCAGCUUGCACAAAUAUGGCUUUUUGGCUACCAUCCAACGUUGACGAUUCAGCUUAAAAUGUCAGCACCCUAGGAAGCUCAUCCGAUUCUAUGCAGGACUUCCUUCCUUUAUGAACAUUUUCUACUGAAGGUUCUUGAAGAGCAACGUCAAACACUCGUUUUAUGGUGUUACAUGCAUAAACAUAUACACUCAAUGUCAUCUAAAUGUAUUUCAAUUUCAACAAGUUCAGAGAAUAGUGACUAAAAAGUAAUUACACUGAACUGACUGUUAUUUAAUGUAUAGAAGUUAAAUGAUGUGCAAUUAAAUGGUCGAAUUGUUGAUUUAAUCUGAGCUAAAAACAAAUUAUUAAAGGUAAAAAGGCUUGUCAGUGUAGUACAUGUCUAAACUAUACAUACAAUUUUAUACUUUGACAAUUAGAGUAAUCUCCAAGUAAUUAGUCACAGUUAAACUUUUUUAUGUUGAGGGAUUAUGCUUCUUAACUGGUGUUUCUAACAUGUUCGCUGUUGCUGCCUAUCCUAAUUCACACAAUCCUAUUGACUGUUUGGAAAGAUGCAUUUGGAAUUGGUUACCAACCAAAAAGGUCUACUUUCAUUGUUGUCGUGUGUUGGAUGGACUGACAUUUUUAUAUUAGCAAGGAGCAAGAGGUGCAGAUCUCACUUAUUUUUUCAUGCUUACAACUAAAUUGCCACUGAUAUUAAUAUGUUAGCUAGGCUAAAUGCUUUUUUGUCCAAACAUUCCUACCUUUGAAAGUCUUAGAAAUGUAUAUGUUCAAUCCAUUGUAUUUCAGUCAUUCUGCCAAUGGAUGGAAUUAGAAUUGGUAGUAGAACCUCAUUAAUAAUACCAUCAAUAGUAGGAUCCCAUAAAAAAAUAAAAAUAGGCCUUGAUCUUUUUAAAUUGUACCUAACCAUUAUGCUGGAGACAGCAGGACCGCCAGCCAUCUUGGAUUUUAUGCCCAUAACAGCAAUGUGAAUGGUUGAAGCAUAUUACGGCAUUGUUUAUUAAGAUAAAAAGUUGCAAAAUAUUUCAUUUUAAAGCUAUUGAAACCGUGGAUGUGAUUUGCUAUCAACUUUUUAAUCUUAAUUGUUAUUAUUUUGCAAACUACAUAAAUAUAUUGACUUAAACUACGAUUUUUUUCAACCUCUAAAACAAAAGUUUUAACAAUCCCAAAAGCAAUUCACACGGAAAAUAUAUUUAAGGAUCACAUACAAUUUUCUGCUUGAUAAUAAGCUUAUGGUGUAUGAUUAAUAUGCUUCAACGUGAACAAAUGUUUUUACUGAUCGGUGCUCGGUCAUCUACGGUUUCGCCUGGCAUCUGGUGUUUCCCCGAAUUACCACAGGCUUUGGAGCGCUGUAGUAAAAAGAGAUAGUAUUAUUGACUCCUGCUGACUCUUAAGCUCUGUUCUUUUUCAAGUUUCAUUUUACUAUUUCCUCGAUGGUCUUCUUAUUAAAGUUCUACUGUUUGAAACCAAAUCAUCAGGACUUGGUUUCAAACCCUGCCACAAUGCAACCGCAACGAACAUGUUAACUUAAACAACAUGUUAAACUUGAAGUCAGUUAUGGCAAGCCUUCAUGUUUUGGGUUGAUAAGUUUUUGAAAAUUUCACAUUUAGUAAGGGUUGCAUUUUCUGGGUUUUAAGGCUUUUGAUAUUAGAUAAGAGUAGUAAACAGAACCGAAAGUGGAUAGUGUGUGUAUUACAUUGAUGUUCAUGAUAGUUGUAUAAUUUAACAAUUAAUAUGCUUUUUUGGGCAAUUAUGUAGAUAGAAAAUUUCUCUUUGUAAAUAUUAUUGAUGAGGAUUAUAGUCUUGAUGACUUCUAAUUUUGUACCUGUUGAACCUAUUGUAAAUAUUGUUAUCUGACAAUUUAGUAAACACGAAUUGUAUUGUUUAAAUCAUAAUAGCAUAAGCCCACCAGAAAUAUAUUAUAAGUUCCUCCCUGAUUUGUAGUUAUUUUGUGAAAUAAUGCGUCAGGUUUGUGAAUUAUAGACUGGUAAAUUUUAAUUGUGAUGGCUUAUAUUGUAGUCAGAGAAGAAAAUAUUUUGGAACUUUAAUCCUAUAGGCUAGGCUGAGAGCUAAAACUUAACUUACACACACUUGCUCUAGUUACAUCUGUUUAUGUUUAAUCAACAGUUCAUUUUUCAUUCUCCAAGGUUUGAGAUUGCUACGUUAAACUGCAUUUAUUUACUAUCUGUAGGUGUUAAAUUAGUACCUACAUCAUCAGUUUUCAUUUUAUGUGUUCAGUGGAGUAUGUGUUUAGUGUUUGUGGAUUAUUGUUCAGUGUCGAUGUUUAUCUGUGUUUUAAAUCAAAUUAAUUCUAGAUAAAACAGUUUUUAUACCAGUUUAUAUUUAGUAUCAUUUUACUAGCAUGUUGUCUUCUAUCAGGGUGAAACAUGCAAUUGUUUGAAACUCUAAUUGCCGUAGAAUGUUGAAUGACAUAGAACACAACCUAAUACAAUCUUAGUAAUUGGUUUCUGUUCUAAAAAUUGUUUUACUGCACAUGAUUAUAUAGUUCUCUUAUCAACUUGUAUGGAUAUAUUACUCAACCUAAUUUAUGAUGGUUAUUUUAAACCCCUAUCGUUUAAAACCUUAUGAAUCAGGGCCUAUUAACUCUUCUUGAAGAGAAAUCUGGAUGCUGCUAGGGAUGUUGUGCUAGGGAUGUAGGAGAUGUUUUGUACACCUGUAAUCUUAUCUCUUGUAGGUGAAAAAAAGUUUGAUUAAUUGUUUGGGACUUUUACUCAUUAUAAGUAAGUAACAUAUUAUUAACCCUUCCCAAACGGUGGCGUAAAGUUUGUUUACAGACAGCAAAAUGAUUUUAUUUAAAUAGAAACUAAAAUAUAUCCUUUUUAAAUAUCUAUAAUUUAUAGAAUGUUGUAAAUAGUUGACCUAUGCAGCACUUUUGUCCAAACUUUUUUUAUAUAUUUUUUAAUUAAAUUUCUUAUUAUUCUAGAAAAAAAUUUCUAGUUCAUUGGUUACAGAUAUAAUUGAAUACAGUAGACUCCCUCUUAUCCGGACUCCUUGGGACCGAGGCCAGUCCAGAUAACCGGGUUUUCCGGUUAAACCGAAGUCCCCAAAAACUCGUGAAAUAACGGACCAUUUAAAUGCGUAUUUGACUUAAAUUUAGGAAAGUAAUGUAUUUAGACACGUGAUCAGUGGUCUCAAAUCUUUCCCACAAGAACGGUCGUUUCAGUACCACCCACUUCCUGCCGAUCUAGUCCGGUUAAACCGAUGUAUUGAUAAAAAUUGUACGGUUAAAGAGAUGUCAUUUCCGCCGAGUGUGGUCCGGUUAAACCGAUGUCCGGUUAAAAGGUGUCCGGAUAAGAGGGAGUCUACUGUAAAAGGAAAAGGAAAUUUGUACGAAGAUUAAUGUUGUAGAAAAUCAACAAUAACAUUCAAUAACUGUUGUAAUAAUUGGGGGAUACAUCUGCCUACUGUCCGCCAUGCACAAAAUAGGGCGGAUAUAUCUGUCUACCGUCCGCUAUGCACAAAAUGCUAGCGGAUAUAUCCGCCUAAAGUCCGGGAAGGGUUAAGACUUAAGUGUAAGAGUGUGUAAGAUUUGUUUCCGCAAUAUUUAUCUUGGUGAAGAACAGAUAGACAAUAUUUUAAAUCCAGAUACCAAACUAAUUUAACUGAUAAUUAUUAGAAAUUAUAAAUCUGAUUUACAAAAUAAAAUAUUCGGCUCUAAGUUUGGUAAUAAGUUACAAACAUAAAUUAAUUCCCACUUUCUAGUACACUCAUCUCAGUGUUACGCUCCUUUCACAUCAUACAGUCAUACUGCACGCUUUUUAAUUUAACGGGAGCCCACCAGCCAGUGCAGUAGAUCAGCUGUUGCAAUGAUUUUUGUUUACAAUCUUACCUCUAAAUUGGACACUGUUCAUGUUUAUUGUGCUUUGUAAAUACUUAUCUCGCCGUACAGUCAGAAACCGUGUAAUGUGAAAGAAACAACGUAAAAUCAAACUGUUUUCAACCAGACGGCGGAAACCGUUUAUUGUGAAAGGAGUGUUAAGAGUUUACAUUAAUAACUGUAGGCCUAAUUGUAGUGAUAAAAUGUGAUCAGUCCAAAUUUAUAUUUUUAUCUCAAUGUCACAUGCCCUUACAGCAAUAUACUACAGGUAUGUGACCUGUGAUUAAUCAACUAUUCUAAGUCUUAUUACACUGUUCUCAUUACAAUUUUAUUAUUAGUGUUAGUGUAAGCUUUUUACAGUAGAUAUUUUUCAGCGUAGAUUCAUUCCGUAUACAGUAUUUCUUUUUUUUGUGAUAGGUAAUUGUAAAAAUUAAUUAGGCUAAGAUGUGAUAGUUAAUAAUAGUGUCCGUUUUAUAUUACAUCUUUGUACUGCACUUAAUUAUGUUCUGAUGUAAAUUAUACACUACUGUGUUCAUAUAUUUAGAAUUAACACAUUUUAGUUUGAAAGUAACACAUUUUUGUGUAGUUGAAAGUAAGUAAAUGUAUGAAUAAACUAUAUAACAAUUGGGAA